AUGUCUCACGUCGCUCAGGCCGUGGAGACGUCCAAAACAUGGACUCGAGAUGGCUUCAUGAUAUCGACGGACACAUCAUUGAUCCCUAUCGACACGCUUAACCAGGCCUUUGCCUCAGAGGAGAUGUAUUGGGCUUCACCACUCCCCGAAGCAGUGAUGCGGGAUAUGCUAGAUAAUUCACUGUCCUUUGGCCUUUACUCGCCUACACCGGAUCCGCCUCCGCCGGCAGAUCGAGGUCAGACGGGUGCUGCUCGGGCGCCUUCCGAUCCUGCGGAGACAUUACAUGAGAUCGCAACAUCUGUCAAACCAGACGUGAACGGUGAUAAUACCACAACCCAUCCACGGUCAGCAGGAACAAAACGAGAGGAACGGACGCCUUCGCUCAUCGGCUUUGCCCGUUGUAUCACCGAUCGCGUUACUUUGCUCUAUUUAACGGACGUCUUUAUCCUCCCUGAAUGGCAGGGUCGGGGCCUGGGGAAGUGGCUCAUCAGCUGUGUCCAGGAAGUCGUCGAGGACAUGCCCCAUUUGAGACGGAGUAUGUGCAUUGUCGGCCAUGGGAAAGAGAGAGGCAUGGAGUUCUACGGCAAGUUGAUGAAGAUGACUCCAGUCAAAGAACCCGUGGCUGUUCUCAACUGGAAGGGGCCGGGAAACGUGUUCUGA